CUGCGAAGAGUACGCUCGCGUCUAUUACGUAGUGUGUUUAUAGUGGAGUGUAUAUUGUGAAGAAUUUCGAAUGUCGUGAGGUGAAAGAUAGUGUUGUUUUUAUUAUCGAGUGCAACUUGUGUUAUCGACACGAUGUCUUUAGUGUAUUAGAAAGUGAUUUAAUCAAAAUGUGUACAGCACCGUGGUGUGCAAAAUUGAUUUUUGCCACGUAGUGACGCGAACGGGUAAUGAUUCCUAAUGUGGAGGUCGAAGCAAGAUGGUUAGAGAGACUCGGCACCUGUGGGUUGGAAAUUUACCCGAUAACAUACGAGAAGAUCGAAUAAGGGAGCACUUUAAACGCUAUGGCCGAGUCCAGAAUGUCAAGUUAUUGGGUCGAAUGGAGAGCGCGAGUGCGAGUUCUAACGCGAGUGCUAAUAGCGGUGUUUGUGCCACUGUUGCAUUUAUGGACAUCAAGUCUGCAUCGAAAGCACAUAACGUGGAGCACGUACUGGACGAAAGAACUCUUACCACUGAGUAUUACGAGCCAGCCGCGAUACCAUCGACCGCGGGCGCGCCCUCUGCCGGCUCGUCUCCCGCCGGCUCCGGUUACUCAGGUUCUUCAUCCUCCGUGAAUUCCGCACCUGCUCCCGUCUCCACCUCGCGUUACCACCUCUCGACAGAGGACACCGCAGGUAACACGUGUGCAAUGGCAGCGACUGCGGCCGCGGCGGUCACGUGGCGAGGCACUAACGACAGCGCCACCGAGUACUGCCGCCGCGGUAACACCCCUGCGGCAUAUGGCAGGUACCAGAGGAACAACUCUACUGCACCAUAUGCUACGCCUCCUUCAAAUGUCGAAAGAACAACACCUCACCAUAGGUGGUACGCGAGCGGCACGGGCGCUGCAAGCACGACGGGCGCCGGCAGCGGCAGUGGUGGCGCUGCCGGCGGGGAGAGCACGCCGAGCACGCCCGGCGGGGCCACGGAGAGGCGGCGGCGGCUGUCCGGCUCGGGCUCGUCGCGCUCCGAGUCCUCGUCACCCGAGCCCAGCGACACGUCGCGGGCCUCCACACCCGCUGCGCACCAAGCCGCGGCGGCGCACCACGCGGCGAGGCGUACGCCGCCGCCGCAUCCGCACCAGUGGCCGUCAACGGCGAAUGGAAGACCCCUUGCGAUCUGCGUACGAAACUUGCCGACUCGAUCGACCGACAGUUCCCUCAAAGAUGGUCUUUAUCACGAAUACAAGAAACACGGGAAGGUGGUGUGGGUCAAAGUGGUCGGGCAGAACGCCGAUCGGUACGCGGUUGUCCGUUUUAAAAAGCCGUCCGACGUAGAGAAGGCACUCGAAGUGUCUCAAGAUAAGCUUUUUUUUGGUUGCAAGAUCUCAGUGGCACCUCACCAAAGUUGCGAUGACGACGCAGAGUCGGCCAAACCUUAUGAGACUGAUAUUGAUGAAUACCAUCCAAAGGCUACUCGAACGUUAUUUAUUGGAAACUUGGAGAAAGAUGUUACGCAGCAGCAGCUGAGGGAUAAGUUUAAGCACUUUGGUAGGAUAAUAGAGAUCGAUAUAAAGAAAGGAAGCGGCGGCGGUGCGGGUUACGCUUUCUGCCAGUACGCGUCAAUAUCGAGCGUGGUGGAGGCCAUCCGUGCGAUGGACGGUGAGCACGUGGGCAGCUCGCGCGUCAAGCUGGGCUUCGGGAAGCCCGUCGCGACCACCUGCGUGUGGGUCGACGGGCUCACUGAACACACGGAAAAGCAGGUGUUGGGCGCGGUGUCCCGGUGCGGCGCGGCGACGUCUGUGUGCGUGGACCGCGCGGCGGGCGCGGCGCUCGUACACUUCGAGCAGGCGGCGGCGGCGGGCGGCGCGGUGCGCGAACUGCGUCGUGUGGCCGCGCAGCUGUCCGCCGCAGAGCCCGACCACCCGCGCCUCUGCGUCGACUACGCCUCGCGCGAGUGCCAGGAAGCGUUCUAUGAACAAUUGGAAAAGCAUGGCGGGUCUGCAGCUCUAGCGGGCGCAGAGCGAGUGGUGGGCGACACCCCCAGCCGGUAUAUACCAUCUGCAAGACACGAGACACUUAGGUAUGACACGGGCGCGUCGCGGUCACGGGCGCCUAGCUUCGGUCGGAGCUCAUCGCGAACACCACGGUAUAAUGCACAUGACCAUUACGAUCCUGCCGAUUAUGCGGCUGAUCGAAGAUACAGGGUAUACGAUGAACUAGGAUCCAGUCCACAGACAGAUGAGGCAACAUACGAAGAUCGCCUCCAGUCGGUCGUCGUAUCGCCACAUCGUGGACAUAAACACCGGAGAGACUCAAGCACAGAAGAUAGAAAGCAUUCAAAAGAGCGGCAUAGAAGCGCCGGUGGUGGAUCAAGGCGGUCGCGGUCAGGCUCACGCGGUCAUGUGUCGCGGCGGCGUCACCGGCGACGACGCGACGGCUCCGGCUCGCGGACGUCACGCGCCGGUACUCCACUCAGAGAUGAGCCCGACGCGCCUCCCACAGAACCGCGUCGGCCUCCGCGCGAGCGUCCACCGCUUCCUAUGAGCCUGCCGCUACCUAAGUUUGCAGUGCAGUUGUUGCGCGCAGCGCCCGCACAGCCGCGAUCGUUACCACCUGCUCCCGCCUCGCCGCCGCGACCUCCCUCUGCCUCGUCUUCAAGCGGCGGUUCUGCACCCCAUUCACCUUCGCUCGAGGAACGCAUUCGCUCUCUUGAUGAGAAGUACGAGCGCUGGAGCGGCUCGAGAGCCCACGCAGAUGCCCCUGAUCGCUCCCGUCUAAGGCAUCGCCUCCUUGAACUCGACAUUAACGAGGUGAAACCUUCCGAAGUGGUCCGCUCAUUGCUGGCCAAACGGUCCGUUUUCGACGAGGACACUGAGCGUCUCGAAGGUGCUCGGGUCCCAAGCCCUGGAGGAAGCCCGCGCUCUUUAGCCGUUGCGGUACCGCGGGUUUUACGAUACCCGUUUCCUGCCCAUUCCGGUCCAAUUACUGCAUCGGCUACACCAUCUACUUCAACCGCAACUCCCGGGACGCCCACUCGGCCGCCGGAACCAGAUGAUCAGGAUCGCACACACCUGUCGCUCUUAGACAGAAUACCUAAGCUUCCUCCUGUUGAAACUGUAAAUGAAAUCAGAAUUAGAAUGAGAACACCAUCUGUAGAUAAGCUAGUCGAUAUGCAUGAGAAGAAACAAUCUCCUUCCAUUGAUAAAGAACAGUUUGAACUAGACUGUAAUAAUAUAACCAGACAUGAAAGCAAGAGUAGAAGAAACUCUUUAGUGGUGCACCCAGAUGAAAGAAAAUCACCCUUGAUUGCAGAAAAUACAAUAUCUGCCCAUAGAUCAUUUGAACACAAUAUUGAUAACGAAAAGCACAAUUUAAAAGAUAUUCGAGUGGCAUUAGAAGAUAAGCUAUUAACGAUCAAAAGAGAAAGUGGUCUCGAUGAGCAACCUGUUUUAAAAACCAGUGACAUAAAUAAAUUCGAAAGGAAUUGCUUUCGAGAUGAAGCAAAAUAUUGUAGUCAAGAAAUCAAACAAGCGAUAAAGCAAGAACUUCAGGUAGAACUUGAAUUAAAUCAGAAUGAAAUUUUUUUCUUUCCAAACGCAUACGAUACAAAAUUGCAAACUAUUAUUCAAGAAGAUAUAAAACCAAAAUUAAAUCAUGACAGUAAAUUGCAUGAAUCAGGUUUCCGAGAAAAAAAAGAAAUUGAAAAACUAUUUCAAACUCAUAAGAGUAAAGAAAUUAUAAGCUAUAACGUACAUUCUCUGAAUCAUUUGAAUGCCAUAAAUUGUUCAGAAAGAAAGAUUAUGGAUGUGUCUCCUGAAACAAAAUUAAAAGAGAAAAUAAGUAAGGAAAAAUGUGAAAUCAAUGGUCCUAUUACUUUACCAGAUGAUAAGUUUUGUAAGGAAAACAUGAAUUGCGAAAAGACUGCAGAUAGUUUUAAGGUAAAAAGCAAUUUCUUACUUUCUGUGGAAAAAACUGUCGAUAAUGCUAAAAAUCAAGAUGAGAGUAAUAAAAGCGAGUGCGAAAGAUCGAGGCACUGUAAAGAUCGCAUCGAGAAAGAUCACGUAGACAAGGAAAAGGUACAAAAUAAACACCACAAACAAGAAAGGAAUGAAAAAGAGCGUAAAACAAAAGAUGAUAAUCACUUUGUAAAAUCGAGUGCAGAAAAAAAUGAGAAGUCAAAAUCUGAAAGGGUUGUAGAAAAGCAUCCAGAAACUGAAAAAGUAGAAAGAGAACGUGAAUCUGAUAAGCCCAGGCAUUCUGAUGAAACAAAAUCUUUACGUCUUGAAAACCAUAAAAAAGAUAAAGUUGAAAAAGAUAAAAAAAGAGACCAUAAUGAAACAGAAAGUUCAGCCAAGGGAUUAAGGAGAGAAGACAAACACAAGCACGAUCGAACAAAAAAAGAAAGUGAUAUAAAACGCGAAACAAAAACUGAUAAUUCAAAAAGUAGAAAAUCUUCCAGAGAUGAAUCUAGCCGUGACGUUUGUCGGAAAGAUUCGACAGACUCUAGUGCAUCAAGAACAUCACAUGAUUCUACUAAAUCCAGAGAUUUUGAAAAUACCGAAAUAAAAGAGGAACCUAAAAGUAAACCGAGGAAUACUGUAGAAAUAUUUCAUAAAGUCGAAACUGAAAAAGACUCCGCAAAACUUAGUGAUCAUCCCAAAUUAGACGGUAAAAUUAAGAUUAAGACCGAAAUAAAGGAAGAAAAAGAAUCAGCACAUUUAAGAAACAAAACUGAUAGUUACAUAGACAAUACAUUAAAAACUAAAUCCGAUGGACUUGAAAAACAACGGCAUUACUCAUUAGAUUCACCUAACCUGGAUUCUAAACGUAAAGAGCGAUUAAAUUCAUGUUCCAGCCUACCGUCAAACAUCGGACAUAAGCGAAGAAAGUCCUCACAAGACAGUUUGGACUGCCUUACUGAAGAUACUAAAAAAUGUAAAAGUGAACGACGUGAUUCUAAAGAUUCUAGAAACCAUGAACGCCAUAAAACUACAAAAUUCAGUAAAGGUCAUUUUGCUAAAAUAAUUGAAAGUAAAACUAAAGAUGACAAGAAAAAUCAAGUAAAACCACCCGAUGAUAUGUUUUUAAACAUAAAAGAAAAUGAAACAAAGGAGCCAGCUGCACCUGAAAGAAAUAAGACGAAUAAAAAGAGCUCGUUGGACGAGAUUGAAGAAAAGAUUAAAUCACCAGGCAGAGGACAACAAUCAGGGAAUUCAGAGUCUUCAUCCGAAUCACUACACAACAAUAUAGACUUCCUCGCUACUUUGGAGUUACGGUCGAGUGAAGAGGAUGAAAGACAAAAGGUACUACGUAAAGAGAUGAAAGAGAAAAAACGUAUUCAGCAAUUACAACAAAUUCAAGAACUCCAAAUGCAGCAAGAUGCUCUUCAACAAGCUGAAUUAUGUAAUAAAGUUAAGGAUCAAGACAGAAAACUAAAGAACGAGGAAAAGAAAAAAGACACUUUGCGUGAAAAGAGAAUGUCUACAGAAAGGAAAAGUAAGGAUGAUAGAAAUGAUAUGAGUAAACGGCGUAAUCGUAAACAAGUUCCAAGCACAGAUAGUUCAGAUUCUGACGAGCCUAUGAAAAAGCAUUCUAUAUUUGACAUCGUAGACGAUGAACCAACAUAUAUAUCAAUGUAUGAUAAAGUUAAAGCCAGAUCUUGCAAAAAUAUGCAAAAACAGGAAGAAGAAAAGCGACAGGAAAAAAUAAAAGCAAAGUUCAGUCAGUUAAAGCAGAGUAGAGCAAAACGUGAAGAAAAGAAGAGAUCUAGUUGGGAUGAAGACAGUGAUUCUGAAAAUGAAAAUCAUAAAUCUCACAAAGCUUCCAUGGGCAGUUCAUCUGAUGACGGCGAAAUGACAAUCCAUGGUAAAAAACGAGAAAAGUCUCAUGGAUCUAGCCUCGAAUACGAUCAAAUGAGAACAAAUGAUUAUUUUGAUGCUAUAAGUAAUGAAGAGGAUUCACGCAAUAAAUUGUCACGCAAAAAUUCUAGGUCACGCAUUAUGUCUGAUACGUCAGAUGAUGAAAACAUCAAUAGAAAUAUGAGGAAAAGUCCUAAUUUUGUUGAUAAAAUCAAAAAAGAAAUAUUUUCCGACUCUGAAUCUUCUCAAAAAUGUAAAGAUACCGAUAUAAAUCUUAAAGAAUUUAGUGAUGAUAAGGUAAAGAAAACAUCUCUUUUGAAUUUAUUCGGGAAGAGUGAUAGCGAAGACAAUAGAUUGAAGACACUUUUAGACGGUGAAAAUGAGUACAGAAUUUCGUAUGGGAAAGGUUAUACCAAUGACAUAUCUUCCGGAAAUGAAUCCAAUCCAUCAAAUCUACAUUCAUCUGAAAUGCGUAUAAAACAUAAGAAGAAACAAAAGAAAUACAAAUUUACCUUUUCAGAUGAAGAUACUAAAACUGAAAGUGGGCAUGAAGUUUCAGCGGAUUUGGUAGUUAAACGUAAAAACUCUGACAAAUUUCGUCGUCAUAGUAAUAAGAAAGAAAAAAGGAAAGAUAAAAUUCGCGAAAGUGUUGACACAGAUGAACCAAGAGAUGAAAAAAUUAAAUAUAAAAAGGAUAAGAGGUCACCAAGCCAGUCGUAUGAUUUAAUAAUGGACCCUGCGUCGAAUAAUUAUAAGAAAGAGGGUAAGAUGGAAGAUAUAUUUGGACCACUUACAGAUGAGUCUGACAGAGACUCUCACAUAGCAGCGCACUCUAUGGACUAUCUUUAUACAGCAGCUGAAAAAUUAAAUGGCGAUGAUAUUAAAAUUAAAGAUGACAUUAAGCGGAAAAAAGAGAAGAGGAGAAAAGAUAAGCGACAUUUUGUCAAAGAUGAUGAUAACAGUUUAGAUGUUGAUGCGGUUAGUAAAGCAAUAGAAGCUCGUUUGUUCGCUGACACCUCGAAUAUUGACGAUAAUCGGACGAAAUUAGAAAAUAACUCUGAUUGUGUUUCUAAAAAAUUCAACACUGACCAUAAAUACGGAGAUAUUAACAUUAACAUGAAUAGUCCUUUUAAUAAAUACUGUGUUAAAUAUAAAAAGGAUUCUCGAGAGAAAAAGAAGAAGAAGAAGAAAAAUCGUGAAGAUCGCCAAAGUCGCAAAGAACACCAUCAUGGACAUCACCACGAAAAAAUUCCAAAACAUGAAGACUCUGACAUUGAAAGUAAUACUAAGCCACAAAAACUUGAAGACUCUUAUAUCGACAAUAAUGUUACGUCUCCCAAAACAAUGUUGCUCGAUAUACCAUUACCUAAUGAUACCCAAAAUAUAGAGGUUACAGAUAAGUCGGAUGAUAAUAAAUCUCUCUCUGAGUCGCCUAGCCUACCGAGAAUUACAGAUAGUCCUCCGUUUGCAAUAAAAACAGAUGAAAACAGUGUUACCAAGAGGAAUGAUCAAAACUCUUCAAACUUGUUAGUAGUAGAUGAUGCAAUCGAAAUCGAUUACGAUUUGGUGGGAAACAUUGAAGUUAACGAUAUUCCGAUGCCACCUCCUAUUGACAAUAUUGUGCAAGACAUCAGUGAAGUACCAUUACCUAAAGAUCCCCCCCUUAAUUCUGAAAAAUGUAAACAGAGUGAGUCAACUAGUGUUAAUGUUGAUAUUGAAGUUGAUACUGACGUUAAAACAAGUGAAGAUGCUGUUCGAAGCAUACCUAACUUAGAAAAAGAUACUGAAAAACAAACAGAUAAAAUAGUUAGCGAGUCUCAUUCUUGUAAAACAGAUAAAAAAGUGGAAGAAAAACCUCGUGCCAUUAUUUCACAAGAAGAAACAGAGGAUGCUGUUGCUGCUUUAUUGGGUGAAAGUUUUAGAGGAAAAAUGAAUACAUUCGAUAAUUGUUAUGAAGAAGUAGAAAACAAUAGUACGCAUCAGAUAGAAAUUGAAAAUACUCCGAUUGAAAUCGAAAUAAUUCCUGAAGAAGAUGCCGAAGAAAUGCGACAGGCAGUUCAAAAUUUAAACGCCAGUGAAAUGGAAAUGAAACCUGAUACACCUGUGUCUGAUAGUGAUAUUUUACUCAUAGACACUGAUACCGAAGAAGCUGAAGACACUAAUCAAGACGCAAUCGAAAAAUUGCCAGUAAAUAUAAUUGCAACAAAUCAAUCUCUUAACAAUAACAAUAAAGUAAGCUUAGCUCAGACUACAGAAAUUUCAAAUAUAAUUGUUACGAAACCAAAAACAACUAUAGUUCGUCCUAUUCAGAAAGAAUUGCAAGAAUUGAAGAAAAUAAACGAAGUUGAAGUGAAACCUUCAGUAACAAAGCAAGAAACUAUUCAAGAAAUUACAUCAACUGCGACACCGGUCAUAACAUCGCCGGUCCGGUCUUGGACUUUAUCAAACAAUAAAUUAGUUGAACCUCAAAUUCCUAAUGUCCCCGUAAGUUCUUUGGCUAGUAAAGACCACAAUGAAAGCAAGCCUACUCAUAUAACAGCAAAUAUAGUUCAGAUUAAAGCUCCACAUAAUCAAGGUGUACAAAUAGGUAGUACCGUGAGGCCUAUUAUAAAUGCUAAUAGAGUUAGUACACCUUACCAAGUAAUAAACCAGAUUAUUAGGCCGCAAGUUUCUAGUAUGCAACCACCUACAAUAAAAAUACCAGAACCUCAUAUUAUAUAUCAAAAACCUCAAGGAAUAGUAAUUUCUCCAAGAGUCAGUAAUGAUCCAAUAUUAUUAAGUCCAAAGACUACUCCACGAACUGAAGGUAUGACAUCGCCACGCUUAAACAACUUGGCUAUUCUUGGAAGUUCACCGCAAAAUAUCAAUUCAGUUGGAAUAGCGACAUCAAAUACGAUACAGCAAAGAUCUCCAGGUCAAGUUACUGUAGUUCGGAUGCAACAGCCACCACUAAGUCCUAUUCAAACUAUGCAUAUAUCGCCAGGUGCCAGAGGUAUGGUAUCGCCUAACCGUCCAAAUUCGGUCUUGGUUCAAACGCAAGGUUCCUCAUUGCAUUUUAAUCGAUUGCCUGUAACCCCUGUUCUGGCACCUAUUUCUAAACAGUUGAAUGUCAAUAAUAUAAUUCAGCAGACUAAGUCAAGUUUUAGUAAUAAUCAUCCACAGUUGAUUCACCAACCCAAGAUAAUAUCGGAUACCAGACAAUCUGAAAAUAUAAAUGAGAAUACUAAAAUAAUUUUAUCUCCGACUAGAUUGCAUCAAAGCACAAAUUCUACUAUAAUGGCUCAAAAUCGACUUAUAUCUAUGCAGAACCCUAUUCAUGUUGGGAAUAUCAAUUCUACUUUGCAGCUUUCCAAUAAAGUUUUAAUAAACAACAAGGCUCAACUUGGCGAUAAGAGGGAAGCCUCUAAUACCAAGCCUGAACAAAAUCUGUUGACGCCCAUAAUACAUGUAGCUACUCACGCACCAUCAUCUAUUAUUCAGGGCAGCGCUAAAUCUGUCGUGUGUAGUCUUCAUGAAGCAGCGACAGUUAAUAGAGGUCAUGGGUCGAACGUGAUUCACAGUAUUAAUUCACAGAGGCUGCUUACAACGAAUCCUAUUACAAAUGUUAUACAACUGGAUGCUAAUAAAGGCCCGCCAUCUGUUUUAUCCAUGGCAACGAUAAGACCAUCACAAGCUCCGUGCAAAUCUGAAUCAUCCAAUACUAUUGUAGUUACGACAGCAAGUCUUGCAAAUGUUGUUAUGACUCCUUUGUUGCUCAAAACAUCUACCACUCCAAAAGCGACCAUAAGAUUACAUACGAGAAGUGAAAGUGAACAUGUUGAUAAUCGUGCAUCUCUACCUUUUAUGAAUCAUUGCCAGCCCCAACAUUGUGAUAAAAUUGUUGAAAAUAAAGAAUUAGAUAUUCAAAAAACUGCUUCAGUGCCUUCAGCAACAGAGCAUAUUACUGCUAAAUGUGAAACCGACUUUGAAGAGUUAUUAAAAGAUAAUACAAAUGAAAUCAAAGUGACUAAUGAUCCUGAAAAAAAAUUAGAAAUUAAUGUUGGGAAAAGUUUAACGUUAAUUACAGCGGCUUUUGAUCGCAGGAAGAGUACUGAUUGUAAGGCUGAUGAAAAAGAUAGCAAUAAAGAAUCUAGUACCAAGAAACAGUACAGUACAGUGGAUGAUACUAUAUUGACAAUCAACGACACCGAAAUUACAACAUCGGAAAUUGUUGAGAUAAAAUCUAUAGAUUUUGUAGAAAACAUACCCAAAAAGAAUAAUUUAGAACAUAUUCAGCAAGACAAGUCCGAGAUAAAUACACACGACCUUAAAGACAAAACUGAGGACAAGAAAACUUGUGAAAACAAUGAGAUUCCCAUAACAUCAAAAGAUGACGAUAGUAACAAUAAAUUUUUUAGUCUGCUCUCAAGUCCAAAUAAAGUAAACGAAAUUAAAAAUUUAGAUGAAGGUGAUUACUGGUCGGCUAAAGACGUUAACAUUGAGUCAGUUAUUAAGAAAGUUGAAUCUUUAUGCAAUGAUACUUUCGAUGAAAAGAAAGAUGACAUUCAUGAAGUCAAUGGUUUGAAUGACUCUCCAGGGAAAAUUGCAAUAGAGGCAAACAUACACAAUGAGAUUUUGGGUGGGUGUAAUGAAGCUAACAAACAAGAUUCAUGUGAUACAGAGCUUUCAAAAGAACUGGAAACUAAAAGUGAAGCCUUUCAGGAGUGCAAUGUAGUUGAAGAACCUAUAAUUGAAAAAACAACUGGUAAACGGGGUGGCCGCAGUGGACGUGGUAAGAGAAUGGAGAAGAAUCCAGAUAGAGUUCAAACUCGCCAAAUAGCUAAACCACCUAGGGGAUCAAAGCGAGGAAGAGGCAGCAGGGCGAAGGUAGAUAAAAAGAUCAAAAAUUUAGUUUCGAAUAAUAUGAAUAAUAUGCCUGGAGAUGUUUACGACUUUCAUGAAGAUUCGGGAGAUGAAACUGUUACAUCACCAAACAAAACGGAAGUAAGGCCUCGUUUAAUUCUGACUAUCAAAAGUCCUCUUUCUGGUCACUCCAACGCCAUAGCUACAUCAACACUCAGUAUAACACACAAAGACCAAGUCAAAAUUAUAGAAAAACCGAAGGAGGAAAAGAUGGAAGUGUUCGUAUCGCCCUCAGCAAAUACACGAAAAUCUAGACGCCUGCAAGAAAAAGACAUCCAACGUAGUACCGUCGAUGAUGUUAUCGACGAGGUUAUAAAGGGUUCAGGAAUACAAUUUAAGAAUAAUAAAGACACGAACAAAAAGAGAUCGGCAAGACAGGCUGGCUGCAAAACAAAUAUCGAGAAGAACUCUACCGGUGACACUCGCAAGUCUCCCCGGGGCGUUAAGAGAACAAGGGACAGAAGUCUGUCAGACGCGUCAAUGGACAGCAACGACGACAACGUUAAGCGGGAGGAUAUUCUUAAAGAACCGUCACCAGCGCCACCGAAGCUUCCUAAGUUGGCAGAACCUCUUGAACCACCAAAAAGCGAACCUGAAACUAUCAUCAAACCAACUCCGGUCGCCCCGCCCGUUAUCACCACUCCGCCGAGCAAUCCAAUUCCUAUAAUGAAACCGCCCAAAAAAAUGAUAUCAGAGAUUGUCAAACUCGCGGGCGUGUUCGAGGCGGCUGCGAAUAUAAACAACAGGGUGGGGUUGGUCUCUUCGCCGAGCGUACCCGAUCGUCCUCUGCUUUCGGUCGAACGUCCUUGCGAAGCAGAGCGUCUUGCUCCUCCUGCGGUUGAGACUUCGCCAAUAGCAGCGGGCGAGGCUGGAGACGCAGGCUUCGUUCGACGCAUCGUGGACAACGUGCCGGUCAACAUGAUGCCAGUCGGUGCUACCGAGGCAACGGAUGCACGUGUGCAGUCGCCUGCUCUUCCGCACCGCCCGCCCUCCGCUCUCCACCCAGUGGACCGGGCCACACCCGUUCUUGUCAGGGGUGGCGAUGGAGACGGUGAAGCGCGCUUCCACGGCGCGUACGCGGGGCCUGCCAGUCUACCGCGUGGCGCGCACCACCCACCGCUAGCCAAGCAGGCGGCCGUCGUAGUACCGCACCACCUAGGAUCUCGAACUCCAGUUACCGACGAAGUUCGCUUUGGUCGCACCAGCGUACCAGCGGGCAGCCCUCAAGGACAAAUUGCUUUGGGCGAUGGAUUGUAUCCUCAUUUUUCGCAUCACCAUUACCAAAUGUAUCAGCAACACUUUCGAGCAACACAGCACGAAAAUAUAUCGACUCCUACAUUUUUGCCAAGAGGCGCGUUGGAAGCGGAGGCCUCGGAGGUGCCGACGCCGCCGUUGGAGCUUCGGCGCCCGCCCUCCGCUCGCGUUCCGCGUCCCGCGCACUCGCCCUCGCCGCUCGACCGACACAUCAUGUACGCGGUGCGGUGCGGCCGCUCACCACCACCUGCGCACGGCACGUCGCGACCGCCAUCUGCAUUACCACCGCCUGGCCCACCGGGCCCACCGCACGCCUCGCAGGUACCGCGCGAGGCCGACUCGCUGCAGAUGUUACUAAGGCGGUAUCCAGUGAUGUGGCAAGGGUUGCUGGCGCUGAAAAACGACUCUGCGGCGGUGCAGAUGCACUUUGUGGGCGGCAACCCCGGCGUGGCGGCCGACGCUUUGUCCCGACAUUCAGACGGCGCGGCAGCCUCGCUGUUGCGCAUCGCACAGCGCAUGCGCCUCGAGCCUGCACAGCUCGACCAAGUGCACCGCAAGAUGAAGCUGGAAAACGAACACUGCAUACUGCUGGGGCUCCCGUGUGGGCGUGACCACAUGGAUGUGCUGCAGCAGUCCACCAACCUCACUGCCGGCUUCAUCACCUACCUGCAGCGCAAGCAGGCCGCCGGCAUCGUCAACGUGGCGCCUUCGCCCGGCCAUCACCAGUCAAUAUACACGGUUCACAUUUUCCCGUCCUGCGAUUUUGCGAACGAAAACUUAAAUCGCAUCGCGCCUGAUCUUAUGCAUCGCGUCGCCAACAUUGCGCAUCUGCUCAUCGUCAUCGCCACCGCCCUCGGUUGAGCUGCGAAGCAUCGCAGGACCGGAUCGACAUCGCGGUUUACCGCCCCAUCGGAUAAACAUCGCAGGAGAUCGCCUGCUGACUCACGGAGCGGGCAAGAUAGACCUGCCGAAUUACUGCAACUGAUCACUUUGUGUUGAUCGCCCACUGGAUUAAAGUUACAGGCAAACUAGCCGCAUUCAACCAUACCUGAUAGAUCAGCCAUUGAACGAGUCGUACACAGAAAGGACUUUGGAAAAAACAUCGCGUCUGGCUGAUUCUUUGCGGCUGAUACGGAUUGCGCGCAUCGGAUUUGACUAUUACUGUAUUGGAUAAACUCGAAACGUGAUUAAAAUUGAUCGCACGACAUUUGACCGUUAAAAAAUAUUUUAAAUAAAAAAAAUGUAAAUAUAUCCAGGUUGUGAAAGUUAAUUUUUACUAUUAUGUAGGCUACUCAUCGACCUGGUGGAAGCCGCCUCGGAAUGGUUCGCUAGUGAAGUGAGAGUGUAUCGGGAAUUGGUCGGACUACCUCGCGAUAGUGGACGCUGUAGUGCAGUAACGUUAGUGUAUUUAUUGUUACGGCGGGCGCCGCCCUCACCUAUUUAAGAGAUUAGAUUUAAGACGUAGCUUUGUAAAAUACUUUUGUUACGGUCGACUGGGAUCGGCCUCGUUCGGAGUUUAAAUUUAUAAAAGGCGAAAUCAGACGAGAGAGUACGAUUGAUUUUGGGUUCUGAUUAGAUGUGUGGCGAUCUAUCGAGCAUUUUUAUUGUUAGUGUAAAUUGUUAUUUUGUUUUAAGCUUAGGAUCUAAAGUAAUUUAAAUAAUGUAAAUACCGAAUCUAUCCGUACUAAAAAUUCGAUUUACUCGCUUAGAUCAUUACGGUAGGUAAUGAGAAACUAUAACUCGGUCGAAUGGACAAUGAUAAUGAUGUAAAAGAACGAUAAAUCAUAAAAAACGACCAUAUAAAACGAUUCAAUACACAUGGAAAAAAUAAACUGUGAUUCUGUCUAUAAUGUAAGCUUAUAGGUAGUCUUAUAAAGCGUACUUGUACUUGAGCAACGGUGUGAGAAGUGCGGCGUCGCCUUUAAAGUAAUACUAAACAGCGAUGUGCAUUACGAUUUAUUAUAGUCCUAUUUUAUUCUUAUCAGUCUUAUAAUGUAAAGUAAGUUUUAAAAAUAUGAAUAUAGAA